UAACCAAUUAAUGCUACCCAAUAACAAUAGCAUUAUUUGUAUUAUGUUCUGGUAAUACAGUGGUAAACAAGGAAGACAGGGUCUCUGAUAAUUGUGGAAUUCUCCUUGAUCCCUUCUCAAGCCUCUUUUCUGGAUAUCCACUAUUUCUUGGAUCUACAGCUCUCUCCCUUCCCCACUUUUGUAGUUCAGUCUCUCAUUAUCCUCUACCUCCAAUAAAAAAGGGCCUCCUAAUUAGUUUCUUAUCCAUGCAACAAUUCAGCAUAUUUCUAAAAUGCAGAUCUUUCGGGAUGAUUUGCAGUUGCUCACAGAAUAAAUUCCUCGACUUCCUAUGUAAGCCUCUGCAGGACCAGGCCCCUGUCAUGAUCUCUGGGCACUCUCCAUCUUGAACCCAAAGCCCCAGCAAUAUCUUACUGCUUGCAGUAAAUACACAGCAGGGUCUGUAGGGUUUUGUUUGGAGAAAAGGGAUGUGAGGAUCAACUAGAUUUACAGUCAGUCUUGAAGCGAAGAGUCCAUGUCGUAGGCAGGCAAUGGAAUGCCUCAAGCUGGCUCUGAAAGUACGUAUUUUUUCCAGUCAUAAGUAAAUCACAUUUGUGUGAUCUUGUGAUCCCCCCUCUAGCACAGCCGUGCAGACGACCUACUUCCAGCCCUCUCUUGCCCCACGAAAUUUCACAUCACAGUGACUUGUGGUUUUAAUCCUCUGUGUUUCUGCUUCUGAAGUUACUUCAGUCUGAGAAGUCCUUUACCUCCCAGUAGGCCUGGCAAGCUCUAUCACAACGUUCAAGAUUCAGCCUAGAGCCAUCUGGGAAACUUUAUUUCCAGCUCGCCCUGCGGUCUCGUCUUCCCAGUCCGCGCUUCUCGAGUCGGGUGCGCUGUCUAGCCGCAGGGAUGGCGGGUUAUUUACUGCUCCGCCGGGCCCGUGACCCGCCCGGGCAGCGGCGCCAUUGCAGACGCUCAGCGUGCUCCGCUACCCGCAGCGGGAGCCCCACCUCCAGGCCGGAAGUGAAAGGGCAGGGAGUGGGUCCUCGCGGGGUCGCAGGCGCAGAGCCGUCGCUGGUCACGUGAUACGCCGAUAGUCACGGGGGCGCCGCUCACCUGACCAGGGUCCCACGUGGCCAGCCCCCUCCGAGACGGGUGACCGGCGGGCCAUGGCAAGCUCUAGGCUUUGGUUUUCGCUGCUGCUGGUGGCAGCGUUCGCGGGGCGGGUGACGGCCCUAUGGCCCUGGCCCCAGAACAUCCACACCUCCGACCGGCGCUACGUCCUUUACCCGAACAACUUUCAAUUCCAGUAUGAUGUCAGUUCGGCCGCGCAGCCCGGCUGCUCUGUCCUCGAUGAGGCCUUCCAACGCUAUCGGGACCUGCUUUUCGGUUCCGGGUCUUGGCCCCGUCCUUACCUCACAGGAAAAUGUCAUACCCUGGAGAAGAAUGUGUUGGUUGUCUCUGUAGUCACACCUGGAUGUAACCAGCUUCCUACUUUGGAGUCGGUGGAGAAUUAUACCCUGAGCAUAAAUGAUGACCAGUGUUUACUCCUCUCUGAGACUGUCUGGGGAGCUCUCCGAGGUCUGGAGACUUUUAGCCAGCUUGUUUGGAAAUCUGCUGAGGGCACAUUCUUUAUCAACAAGACUGAGAUCGAGGACUUUCCCCGCUUUCCUCACCGAGGCUUGCUGUUGGAUACGUCUCGCCAUUACCUGCCACUCUCUAGCAUCCUGGACACUCUGGAUGUCAUGGCGUACAAUAAAUUGAACGUGUUCCACUGGCAUCUGGUAGAUGAUCCUUCCUUCCCAUAUGAGAGCUUCACUUUUCCAGAGCUCACCAGAAAGGGGUCCUACAACCCUGUCACCCACAUCUAUACAGCACAGGACGUGAAGGAGGUCAUUGAAUACGCACGGCUCCGGGGUAUCCGUGUGCUUGCAGAGUUUGACACUCCCGGCCACACUUUGUCCUGGGGACCAGGUAUCCCUGGAUUAUUGACUCCUUGCUACUCUGGGUCUGAGCCCUCUGGCACCUUUGGACCAGUGAAUCCCAGUCUCAACACUACCUAUGAGUUCAUGAGCACAUUCUUCUUGGAGGUCAGCUCUGUCUUCCCAGAUUUUUAUCUUCAUCUUGGAGGAGAUGAGGUUGAUUUCACCUGCUGGAAGUCCAACCCAGAUAUCCAGGACUUUAUGAAGAAGAAAGGCUUCGGUGAAGACUUCAGGCAGCUGGAGUCCUUCUACAUCCAGACGCUGCUGGACAUCAUCUCCUCUUAUGGCAAGGGCUAUGUGGUGUGGCAGGAGGUGUUUGAUAAUAAAGUAAAGAUUCGGCCGGACACAAUCAUACAGGUGUGGCGAGAAGAGACUCCAGUGAACUAUACGAAGGAGCUGGGACUGAUCACCAAGGCCAGCUUCCGGGCCCUUCUCUCUGCUCCCUGGUACCUGAACCGUAUAUCCUACGGCCCUGACUGGAAAGAGUUCUACCUAGUGGAACCCCUGGCAUUUGAAGGUACCCCUGAGCAGAAGGCUCUGGUGAUUGGUGGAGAGGCCUGUAUGUGGGGAGAAUAUGUGGACAACACAAACCUGGUCCCCAGGCUCUGGCCCAGGGCAGGGGCUGUUGCCGAAAGGCUGUGGAGCAACGAGUUGACAUCUGACCUGACGUUUGCCCAUGAACGUUUGUCACACUUUCGCUGUGAGUUGCUGAGGCGAGGUGUCCAGGCCCAGCCCCUCAAUGUAGGCUACUGUGAGCAGGAGUUUGAACAGACCUGAGCCCCAGGCACCAAGAAGGGUGCUGGCUCUAGGAGACUGGUAGUGGAGCCAGGCUUCCACUGCAUCCUGGCUGGGGGAUGGAGCCCCUUGCCUGCGUGCCCCUGUGCUUGGAGAGAAAGGGGCCGGAGCUGACCCUAGCAUCCAAUAAAGAGUAAUGUGGCAUUUUUCUGUAAUAAACAUGGAUUACCUGUAUUA